GCGGUUAACAGCCGUUUUGGAGUUAUUUAUUUGUUGUUAACAAUUUGGUGUUGUGUUAACAUUACUUAUUAUUUUUUGUGUGGUACACCGCAUAUUACAUUAGGAAUAUUUUUACCAUCGAAAUUAUCCAUCUAACACAACAACAAAAUGCCUGCUAGGGUACCUGACACUCAAGGUGGUCACAUCAACCAAUUCACCGACGAUGUGGUGAUCACCGGUAUUUCCGGUCGUCUGCCCGAAAGUAACAACAUCGAAGAGUUCAAGCAACAACUUUUCGAUGGUGUCGAUUUGGUCACGGACGAUGAAAGGAGAUGGCCAUCCGGACUCUACGGUUUGCCGACUCGUACCGGAAAGAUCAAGGACAUCGCCCAUUUCGACGCCACCUUCUUCGGCGUUCACGCCAAACAGGCGCACGUUAUGGACCCGCAACUGAGAAUGUUACUUGAAUUGACUCACGAGGCUAUCGUAGACGCAGGUGUCAAUCCGAACGAAAUUAAGGGAUCAAGGACUGGUGUUUUCAUUGGAGUAUCUGACAGUGAAUCUUCGGAGUUUUGGACCCAAGACCCCGAACAAGUAAAUGGAUACGGUCUGACUGGAUGUUGCAGGGCCAUGUUCCCCAACAGAAUUUCAUACACAUUUGACUUUAACGGACCCAGUUAUGCCAUCGAUACAGCUUGCUCUAGCAGUUUGUUCGCAUUCCAACAGGCAGUUACCGCAAUAAAAACCGGACAAUGUGACGCCGCAAUUGUAGGAGGUGUAAAUCUCUUGUUGAAACCCACAUCCUCCCUUCAGUUCCAUCGCUUGAGUAUGUUAAGUCCUCAAGGUAUGUGCAAGGCCUUCGAUGCAUCCGGAAACGGUUACGUCAGAUCUGAAGCUGCCGUUGUUGUAUAUUUGCAAAAAGCCUCUGCAGCAAGACGUGUUUAUGCCACUGUUUUGGGAGCAAAAACCAACACUGACGGAAACAAGGAACAGGGUAUCACUUUCCCCGCUGGUGGUAUGCAAAAUAAACUGAUCAGGGAAGUCUAUGCCGAAAGCGGUGUUGACCCUAAAGAUGUGGCUUACGUUGAAGCUCACGGUACUGGUACCAAAGUAGGCGAUCCUCAAGAAGUAAACUCCAUCGCCGACUUCUUCUGCAAGAACCGCAAGGACCCAUUGCUGAUUGGUUCCGUUAAAAGUAACAUGGGCCAUUCAGAACCCGCUUCAGGCUUGUGCUCUCUCGCUAAAAUUGUAAUCGCCAUGGAAGCCGGCAAGAUUCCCGGAAAUUUGCACUUCAAAUCUCCCAACAAGGAUAUUCCUGCUCUCAACGACGGACGUCUUAAGGUGGUAGCAAAGAAUGAAGAAUGGAACGGAGGAAUUGUGGGUGUUAACUCCUUCGGAUUCGGAGGUGCCAAUGCUCACAUUAUAUUAAAAUCAAACCCCAAACCCAAGACAUCCUGGACCGCAGAAACAUUGCCCAGAAUUGUCGGUGUAUCUGGUCGUACAACUGAGGCCGUAAACAAUUUCUUGAACAAAGUUGAGGAGAACAAAAAUGAUGAAGAAUUUUUGGCUUUGGUAGAUGCUGUUCACAGCAAAAACAUCAACGGACACUUUUACCGUGGACAUGUUGUCUUAAAGGACCAACCAGUAAGAGAAGUAAGUGAAACUGCCGCCGAAAGACCAAUCUGGUAUGUAUUCUCUGGAAUGGGAUCUCAAUGGCCUGGAAUGGCCAAGGACCUCAUGAAAGUCGAGCAAUUCAGAAACUCUAUCAGGAAAAGCUCUGAAGCCCUUAAACCACAUGGCAUUAAUUUAGAGGAAAUUAUUGUAAAUGGAACAGAAGCUACAUUUGAAAAUGUCCUUAACUCAUUCAUCUCUAUUGCCGCAGUACAAGUCGCCCUUACAGACGUUUUGAAGUCUGUAGGUAUUGAACCUAAUGGUAUUGUAGGUCACUCCGUCGGAGAAAUUGGAUGUGCCUACGCUGAUGGUACCUUGACUGCCGAACAAGCCGUUCUGGCCGCUUAUUCUAGAGGUAGGGCUAUUUUGGAAAGUAACCUUGCACCAGGUGCUAUGGCUGCCAUUGGUUUAUCUUGGGAAGAAGCUAAAAAGCGUUGCCCACCUGAAAUCUUCCCCGCUUGCCAUAACAGCGAGGACAGUGUGACCAUUUCUGGACCACCAGCUGCCAUUGAAAAGUUUGUAGCAGAACUCACGGCAGAAAAUAUCUUCGCUAAAGCAGUCAAGAGCUCUGGAACUGCCUUCCACAGCAAAUACAUCGCUGAUGCUGGACCAAAACUUAGAAAAGCAUUGGAUCAAAUCAUCCCCAACCCUAAACCUCGUUCUCCUAGGUGGAUCUCAUCGUCUAUUCCCGAAUCCGCUUGGGGAACACCACUUGCACAACAAAGCUCCGCAGCUUAUCACGUAAACAACUUGUUAUCCCCCGUUUUGUUCCACGAAGCCCUUCAACACGUACCUGAGAAUGCUAUUGCUAUUGAAAUCGCACCUACUGGACUUCUUCAAGCUAUUUUGAAGAGGGCUUUGGGACCAAAAGCCACAAAUAUCAGCUUGGUAAAGAGAGGAUACGAAGACAACGUUCAAUUUUUGUUGUCUGCACUUGGAAAAUUGUACAAUGCUGGUGGUCAACCCCAAUUUAGCAACUUGUACCAUCCCGUCAAUUUCCCUGUAGGAAAAGGAACACCUAUGUUGGCAUCCAUGAUUGAAUGGGAUCACUCCACUGAAUGGUCUGUUGCGAACUUUGCAGGAAAAGGUUCCCGAUCUGGAGAAUUGGUUAUUGAUGUGGACCUCAGCAAAGAAUCUGACUCAUAUUUGGCAGGACACGCAAUUGAUGGACGUGUCUUGUUCCCAGCUACAGGAUAUUUGACCUUGGUCUGGAAAACUUUUGCCAAAUUGCGCAAUGAAGAUUUUGAACAGUUGCCAGUUAUUUUGGAAAAUGUGCAAUUCCAUCGUGCUACUAUUAUGCCGAAGGAAGGAUCAGUGAAAUUCUUAAUCAACAUCUUUGAAGGCACUGGCGAAUUCGAACUCUGCGAAGGUGGAUCAGUAGCAGUAUCUGGUAAAAUAUCAGUGCCAGAAGAUGUUUCCAAAGAAGUAUUGAAUCUCCCUAAACCUGUUCCCAAGAAUGAACCUGAUGUGUUGCCCUUAAACAAGGCUGACAUUUACAAAGAACUGCGUCUUCGUGGAUACGAUUAUGAACAAAUCUUCCGAGGAAUCAUUGAAGCAGACAACAGGGGAUUGGCUGGUAAACUUCAAUGGGACAACAACUGGAUCAGUUUCAUUGACACAAUGCUCCAAUUCUCCAUUCUUGGACAAAAUACACGUGAACUCUACCUCCCAACUAGACUACAAAGGGCAGUCAUUAAUCCAAAAGAACAUUUGGAAUUUAUUAAGAAGAAUGGCGAAGGAGAAGGUGUACCAGUCUACAUGUACCGUGACAUUGGAGUUAUUAAAUCAGCUGGUAUUGAACUCAGGGGCAUGAAAGCUAGCUUGGCACCUCGUCGUCAACAAACUCAAUCAGAUCCCAAAUUGGAAACAUACAAAUUUACACCCUUCAACAAUACUCAAGCCCUCAAUGACGACAGCGAUAAAGGCAAAAUUCUGGCUUUGACCGUGCUUUCACAGCUCGUCUUGGAAAAUAGUUCUGGAGCAUUGAAACUGAAAGUUGUUGAAGCAGUUAGUGACAAACCUAUUGAGGCGGCUUUAGUGACUACAGUCACUGACAUUUUGGAAAAAGAACCAAUGUUGUCUGUUGAAGCCAUUGCUGUUACCCCAUCACCAGUUGAUACUGCUACAUUAGAACCAUACGGCGUUAAAAAUGUUAUUAGAGAUGUUACAAGCAAUGCCGUCGAUCAAAACGCUCAUUUAGUGAUAUUAUCAGAUGUGAUAACUUACAAGAAACAAAAUGUUCUGCAGAACGCUGUAGCUGCUUUGAAAGCCGGAGGAUUUAUUCUUUUGGAAGAACCGAAAGGAGCAGUUGAUGAAAGCCUUUUGAAACAAAAUGGUUUGGUUACCAUCAGUACCCAAGUCACAGCCACUAAAUCGUUUGUCUUGGCAAGAAAACCAAUUGAAGUGCCUUCUGAUGCUAUUGUCAUUCAAGUUUCUGAAAAUACCUUCUCUUGGGUUGAACCGUUGAAAGACGCUCUCAAGAAAAGUGAAACCGAUGGAACCAAGAUUUACUUAUACGUACAUGGAGAACAACUUACUGGUUUGGUAGGAAUGGUUAACUGCUUGAAACAAGAACCAGGUGGUGGCAACCUCAGAUCAGUUUUCAUCCAAGACAGCAGCGCCCCUGCUUUCUCCAUCAGUGCCUAUGCAGAUGUAUUGAGGAAAGAUUUGGUCCACAAUGUUUUGAAGAACAAGGUAUGGGGUACCUACCGUCAUACUCUUUUGGACUAUGCAUCGGACAGUAGUAAAUUGCAAGUGGAACAUGCAUACAUUAACACCCUUACCAGAGGUGACUUGGCUAGUCUUCGUUGGAUUGAAGGACCUUUGAGAUACUUCAAGGGAGCGGAAAAUACCGAACUUUGCCACGUAUACUACGCACCACUCAACUUCCGUGAUAUUAUGUUGGCUACAGGAAAACUCCCACCAGAUGCAUUGCCUGGAGAUCUUGCUGGACAAGAUUGUAUUCUUGGGCUCGAAUUUUCUGGUAGGGACACUAAGGGUAGGCGUGUAAUGGGUAUGGUCGCAGCCAGAAGUUUAGCUACUACAGUCUUGGCUGACCCUGGUUUCCUCUGGGAAGUUCCUGAAAAAUGGAGCUUGGAGGAGGCUGCAACAAUUCCUGUCGUAUACGGAACCAGUUACUACGCUUUGAUUGUAAGAGGAAGAAUGAAGCCUGGUGAAUCCGUUUUGAUCCAUGCUGGUACUGGUGGUGUAGGUCAAGCAUCUAUUGCCAUUGCUUUGCACAUGGGCUGCAAAGUUUUCACCACUGUAGGAAGUCAAGCAAAGAGAGAUUUCCUCAAGAAGACUUUCCCACAACUUACUGAUGACAAUAUUGGCAACUCUCGUGAUACAAGCUUCGAACAAUUGGUUUUAUCUCAGACCAACGGUCGUGGUGUUGAUUUAGUACUCAACUCUCUGGCCGCUCACCAAUUGCAGGCUUCAGUCCGUUGUCUGGCCAUUGGUGGACGUUUCUUGGAAAUCGGAAAGGUCGAUCUUUCAAACAAUUCCGCUCUUGGAAUGAGUGUCUUCUUGAAGAACACUACAUUCCAUGGAAUUUUAUUAGAUGCCUUGUUUGACUCGGACUGUCCCGAAAAGAGGGAAGUUAUGAAAUUGGUUACCGAAGGUAUUGCCAGCGGAGCAGUUCGCCCACUCCCGAAAACUGUAUACAAUGAAAACCAAGUUGAACAAGCAUUCAGAUACAUGGCGUCAGGCAAACACAUUGGUAAAGUUCUCUUGAAAAUUAGAGACGAAGAAAGUCGCAAAUCUCAACCAACUAAGUUUAAGUCAGUGUCUGCUAUUCCGAAAACAUAUAUGGAUCCAGAGAAAACUUACAUCCUUGUAGGAGGUUUGGGAGGAUUCGGUUUGGAACUGGCCAAUUGGUUGAUCCUUAGAGGGGCAACCAAAAUUGUACUUACUUCAAGAAGCGGCAUUAAAACUGGUUACCAAUCACUUUGCAUUAGAAGAUGGAGGGAAAGUGGUGUCAAGGUUUUGGUAUCCACCGCUGAUUCCACCACUGACAAAGGUGCUAAGAGGCUGUUGGAAGAAGCUAGUCAGUUGGGUCCAGUUGGAGGUAUCUUCAACUUGGCUGUCGUUCUACGUGACGCGAUGAUGGAAAAUCAAUCCGAAGCUGACUUCAAAACCGUCUGCAAACCAAAGGUCGAUGGAAGCAAACAAUUAGAUGCUGCAUCCAGAGCUCUAGCCCCACACUUGGAUUACUUCGUCAAUUUCUCAUCUGUAUCGUGCGGUCGUGGUAAUGCUGGUCAAGCCAAUUAUGGUUUGGCUAACUCUGCCAUGGAAAGAAUUGCCGAAGCUCGUCAAGAUGCUGGUCUGCCUGGUGUUGCUAUUCAAUGGGGAGCUAUUGGAGAUGUCGGUCUUAUCUUGGAAACCAUGGGUGGCAAUGACACUGAAGUAGGAGGAACUUUGCCUCAAAGAAUGGCUUCUUGCUUGUCAACAAUCGAUGUUUUCCUGCAACAACCAAAUGCCGUUGUUGCCAGUAUGGUACUUGCUGAAAAGAGGAAAGGAGGUAGCGGUGGAAACCAAGUCAGUCUUACCGAUGCUGUUGCAAACAUUCUUGGUAUUAAGGAUUCGUCUACCGUUUCCGGAAACGCCACAUUGGCUGAUUUGGGUAUGGAUUCUCUUAUGGGAGCUGAAAUUAAACAGACUUUGGAACGUAACUACGACUUGGUACUUAGUGCACAGGAGAUUAGAGGACUUACCUUCGGUAAAUUGAUUGAACUGAACAGCGGUGGAGCUGCACCUGCUGAAGCAGCCCCAGCUAAAGACAAUCAAGUACAAUUUGACCAAUCUGCUGAACUUAUGCCCAGCAACGUUUUGGUUAAAAUGGAGAGCAAGCAAAGUGACAGCAAGAAGAACCCUGUAUUUAUUUUGCAUCCUAUUGAAGGUGUUGUAAAUGCACUUAAACAACUGGCGAAGAACAUUGAUGCGCCUGUGUACGGCUUACAAUGCGUUAAAAAUGCUCCUCUCAAUUCAAUUGCUGAAUUGGCACAAUACUACAUUAGUCAAAUUAAAACCGUUCAACCUAAGGGACCCUACAAUUUAAUCGGUUACUCAUUUGGUGCCUGUGUGGCAUUUGAAAUGGGUGUAUAUUUGGAAGCUAACAAGGAACAAGUGAAAUUAUUACUGAUUGACGGAUCUCCAGCCUACGUGGCUACCCAUACUGGAAAGGCUAGGCAAAAGAUUCAAGGCAACAGCGAUGCUGAACAAAGUGAAGCGUUGGUGUACUUCAUCCUUCAAUUCAAGGAAAUCGACCAACAGAAGACCGCAGCUGAACUAAUGGCACUUAAGACUUGGGAUGAAAGGUUGAAGGCCGCUACCCAAAUCCUUUCUGGAGCUACUCCAUACCCUGCUGAACAACUGUCUGCAGCCGCCUCUAGUUUCUACUACAAACUGGUAGCAGCCGAUAAAUACAAACCAACCGGCAUGUUCAAUGGUCCUGUUACAUUGAUCAAAGCUAGUGAUAACUAUGUACAAUUGGGAGAAGAUUAUGGACUUUCUAAUGUCUGCAAACAAAAGGUGGCCAUAGAAACAUUGAACGGAAACCAUCGCAGCAUCCUACUUAGUGGUGUUGUGGAGAAAAUCGCCGAUGUCCUCUCGAACACCAUGCUGAAAGCAUGAAACCAGUGAAUUGUCCUUAAUUGAUCAUCAUUCCUUUUUAUGUGUAAAUAUAAAUAAUUGUUGUUAGUGAGAAUAAGUAAUUUAUUUUUUUAACUUAAAUUAAGUUAUUUAGAAAUAAUUCAAUAUUAUAUUUGGAUAAUAAAAACCAAAGACUUUCAACGUUACAUUUUGAACUGUAUGCACUAAUGAUGGGGCAGAGUUUGUUGCUUAACUUUUGCUUCAUCGUUACUGUUGAUUUAUGACAAUGUAAAAAACUUUAAAAUUAAAAUAAAUUUUACAUAAUAUA